GAGCUCAUCAACAUGGGCGCAAGGCAACUAAUAAUCCCAGGAAAUGCUCCAAUCGGAUGCUUUCCUUAUAUCCUAACUGCAUUCCCAAGCAAUGAUCCGAAAUCUUACGAUGAAUUCGGCUGUCUUAAAAGCAUAAACGAUCUGAUGACAUUUAAAAACAACGAUCUCCAACAAGCUAUCGCAAACCUUAGAACAGAGUUUCCUGACGUCAGCUUAUUUUACGGCGCAUUUGACGAUGGCGUGCGACAGUAUCUUACCCAGUUUAUGGCAGGCAAGUUAAAUACAACUCAUUUUUUCUCCAUAUAG